AUGAGAUGCACGUUCGUGCUGGAGCCAAUGAUCGUGAUUUUUUUUGGCGAGUUUAUCGAGCCCCGUGAUGCUGAGGUGAUGGAAACUUUGGAGCUUGGAGACAAUUGGUGUUUAAAGAUUCAAGUUUUGUCGCUUUGUGGUCUUGGUGCCCUGAGCGAAGAUGGACAGGACUCGAAAAUGGUUAUGGGUGGGCUGAUGAGACUUUUGUUCGGCGGUAAUGACCGCGUAGUUUCAUCCUGCGAGCUGCAACCCCCAAGAAGCGUCGAAUUGCGGAUGAAUCAGGAGCUGUCGACGCUCCACUUUGAGGCAUUAUGCUCGUCGUUACAGUGUGCCCAAUCGAUCCAAACCCUUAUAAUGGGCUUGACCACGGAUACCGGCGAGCAGCGAGUCAGUGUCCACUGGUGGAAGUGGCUUGCCUACGGUUUAUUCUCGAGCGGUGCGCGCUCUCGCUCCUCGUUCGACGAUAUCCGGUUGACUUCCAUCCGUAGGAUGAGUGCAGAGGACAUGGAGGGAUUUUGCGCGGUGCUAGCGGCAGAGCAUCCAGAGGAGUAUUUGUGUGGAACUCCCCGAGGUCAAGUGCAAGAAAGAACGGCAAUAUUAACCAUAAACGCUGCUGUACGGUGGCAUUUUAAUGCUCACGGUCAGCUUGUGAUCGAAACUUUGAGCAUGCCAUGGUCCUCAGCCUGCGUAACACUAUUCAGUGAUGGUGGAAGCAGUGAGUGGGUCAACGCGAUAGUUCCCGGAUUCGGCCGAUGUCAAGUUCGACGCGACGAUCUCGUCUUCGAUGAGGACGGCGGUGGAGACGCAUGCACGCCAGGCCUGAUUUCACUUACUAUCGAGUUUGACAAAUUCGAAGACUCAGUGUCGGAUGGUCUACCGCAAUUUAUCGAGGCAGUCGGAGCUUUCCUUAAGGCCUUGACAAUCGCAGAUGCAACAAUCGAGCUCGACGUGAACGAGAUCAUUCAAUGCUGCCCGGAAUUGCAAACGCUAUCGCUCUGUGGAGGGACAGUCGACAUGCAAAUCGACUUGAGUGGGUAUCGCGCGAACAAUCUGCCAGUCCCGAUAUUCAACUGCUACUGGCCAAGUCUGAAUACUUUCACCAGGGAAUUAUACGACAUGGACAAAAUUGCGUGCGUCGGCUGA